AUGUCACAAUUUAAACUUGUAUCGUCUACAAAAGCAUACGAUGUUAUGCCGGUAAACAAAUAUGUAUCUACUAAAACCGGAUUAACUGUAAUUAUAGCUAAUGUUGAGGGUCCAACCGUAAAUGGAUUCUUCUGUCUUGCAACCGAGGCACAUGACGAUGACGGUUUGCCACACACAUUGGAACAUCUUAUUUUCUUGGGUUCUGAGCGGUAUCCUUACAAAGGAAUUCUGGAUCUAUUGGCGAACCGGUGUAUGGCUCAUGGCACCAACGCCUGGACUGAUACAGACCAUACUUGUUAUACUAUUGAUACUGCUGGUGAUGAAGGAAUGCUGACAUUGCUUCCUAUAUAUCUUGACCAUAUUUUAAGACCUACGCUUACAGAUGAAGGUUUUACAACAGAGGUUCACCAUAUAGAUGGUGAUGGUGAAAAUGCUGGGGUAGUGUACUGUGAAAUGCAAGGAAGAGAGAACUCUGCUGAUAGCAGAUGUGAGCUGAAACUAUUGCGUGCUAUGUACCCAAACAGUGGAUAUUCAUCUGAAACAGGAGGCAUAAUGAAAAAUUUAAGAGAAUCAACUACUAAUGUUAAAGUGAGAGAUUUCCACAAAAAGUUCUAUAGGCCUGAGAAUUUGACGAUUAUUUUAACUGGACAAAUAGAAGCCAAUGAUGUAUUUAAAGCAUUAUCUGUUGUAGAAGAUGACAUCAUUGCUCAGAGGGAAAAAGAGGCAAAUGAAGAAUGGGUGAAGCCCUGGCAGACCAUGCCGCCUUCACCUAACUAUGGAGAUUUCACAGAACACUGGCCUGCUGAUACUGAAGAUUGUGGUCAGGUAAUAUUCGGUUGGCGCGGACCUCUCCUAACUGAGAAAUCAGCUAUCAAAGACUUGACUGGUUGUGCGGUACUUCUGAGAUAUCUUUGUGACACUGCAGCAGCGCCCUUGCAACGAUGCCUCGUGGAACGGGAAGACGCUUUAGCCGGAGAUGUGUCUUACAACCUAACGGAGAACUUAGCAUCGAUGAUCAAAAUACAAUUAGACAAUGUACCAAUAGAAAAACUGAAGGCUGCGCGUGCUCAGGCCCAAACCUGCCUCAAAAGCCUAAGGGCAGGGGAAGAAGUAAUAGAUAUGGAUAGAAUGAAGAGGCUCCUGCAGAAGCAGUUACGAGAAAGUAUGGCCAGCCUGGAGUCUGAUCCUCAUCAUGCCAUGGCGUUCAGAUGUAUUGGAGAUGCAUUGUAUUCUCAGACUGAAGAAGAUUUCCGCCUAAGAAUGAAUCCACAAGUAACAAUGCACGAAUUGCUAGAGGAAAACUCAGAGUUCUGGUUGGGAUUACUGAAACGAUUCUUCACUGAUGACGUCAUUACUAUCAUUGGAUCACCGAGUAUAGAGCUGCAAGAAAAGAUGGCUGAUGAAGAAAAGAAGCGUCUAGAAGAACAGAGAGCUACGCUUGGGGAGAGUGGGCUCGCACAAAAAGCAAAAGCCCUCCAGCAGGCCAUGGAAUUCAAUGAGCGACCACCCCCAGCUGGUACAUUGGCAUCUGUGCCAGUGCCAUCAUGUGCAAACCUGAAGUGUCACAAUUUAUCCACGUGGGCAACAGAUUCUGGCCCGUGCCCCCAUUUCGACCUCAAAGAAGUCCCCCUGUACACCAGAGUCCAUAGCUUAAAGACCAACUUUGUUUAUAUAAAUCUCAUCCUAGACACGAGCCAAAUAGAUGAAGUCACCCGCAAGUGGCUCCCUCUGCAUUUGGACGCGUUGGCGGAGUGUCCAGUUCGACGUGGGGACAAAUUGAUUCCUCACGAAGAAGUGAUUUCUACGACGGAGCAGCUCACUGUCUCCUUCAGCAAUGACAUAGGUUUUGGCAAAUCUGGAAACUUUAGUGUGGGACAGUAUGGCCAAUUUGUUCAUAUUGAAGUUAGGUGUGAACCAUCAGACUAUGUGGAAGUAGUGAACCAUCUCUAUGAAGUGCUUUAUGCAGCCGAGUUGACCAAGGAAAGACUGCUGGUCUUCGCGCAAAGAUUGAUCAACGAUGUUUCUCAGGUUCGUCGGGCUGGCCACAAAAUGGUGUACGAUAUUUUACGUGAUUCCCUCUACGAGAAGAACACAAACGCUCAUUGGGCGACGGUACUGCGCCAGCAGCAGUUCCUAAAAGAUCUGGUGGAGCAGCUCAACGCUGGUGGAGAUUCUGCCCAAAAUGCCCUCGAGGAAGCCACGAAAACGUUGAAAAACAUCACGGAGAAGCCCUGGCUGCAUCUGGCUAGUGAUUUGGAAAGAUAUCAGUUGAGCACGGAGCCUUGGAAACAGUUUGCGAGGCCCAACGAGAUUGUCCCAGUUGCGCCGAAGCUGUAUAACGAGUGGGAGCUGAUGUCCGGUUGGGGUGGUGGGUUCGUAGUGGGGGUGGGGGGCGUGGAGAGCUCGUUCUUGGCCCAACUCAGUCCAGGCCCAUCUGGGAGCUCGCUCAAGGACGCACCCUUGUCCGUGGCACUCAACUACUUUACGCAGCUCGAGGGUCCUAUGUGGCGCGAAGUGCGUGGUGGAGGCCUAUCAUACGGAUACGCGCUCCGCCCUUCGCCUCACGAAGCCGCCCUAGUGCUGUCCUUGUAUCGCGCCACUAAUGCGGUGGCGGCCUAUACUAAAGUCAAGGCUAUACUGGAGGACUUCCUCGCAAUUGGCAAGUUCGAUGCGGAGCUGUUCGCUUCGGCCAAAAGCACGGCUCUGUUCGAGGUCGUGGAAGUCGAGAAAUGUCCUGCAGACGUCGUCAAGCAAUCGCUCCUCAACUACAUCAAGCGCGUUGGAACCACUCACAACAGGGAGUUGAUAUGCGCCAUAGCGGCCGUGACAGAGGAUCAAGCGUUGAAGGCCGCGUCGCGUUGGCUGCCUUCGCUCUUCCAGCAGGACAAGAGCAAGAUGGCCAUCGUGUGCCAUUCAAACAAGGCCAAAGAGUUGCAGGCCAGCUUCCAGAAAUUAAACAUCAAAUUAGAAGCAUUCGAAUCGAUGGAAGCAUCUCACUUUAAUAAAUAA